ACAAGAGCAAGAACUGAAACCGAGAAGCGAGAAACAAACGGAGCCGAGGAGCUGAACCUGAACCGCUCCCAUCAGCGCGCGAGGAGAAUGCGCAGCCUGCCGAUCUCCCCCACGCCAUUCCACAACCAGGUCCUCCUCCGUCAAGAUCUCACUCACUCUCCCCACACAAAUCUGAUCCCUUCCACCGGAAAGUUUUGCCGCUGUCCACGGAGAAGCCGACGACCACGACGACGGAGACGGUGAUAUAUAACGACCGGCAGAGACGGCGCGGGCAAUGAAGGGGGCCGCCGGAGGAGGCGGCAAGGAGACCACGAUGGCCUUCCUCCUCCGCUUCGUUCUUCUCCUCCUGCUUCCUCUCAGCGUCAUCUACGUCUUCUACACCCUCCACGUCAUUCUCUCCUCCGUCCCAUCCUGCCCGCCAGCUGACCCCGUCACGGCCACCGCCUCGGUUGUCACCCACCUCGCCAACAACAAUGACCUAGAACCGCCAUCGCCGCCGCCGCCUCCCGCGGUGCCCACGGCGACGACGCUGCAGCACGUGGUGUUCGGCAUCGCGGCGUCGGCGCGCUUGUGGGAGAAACGGAAGGAGUACAUCAAGAUCUGGUGGCGCCCUGGCGGGGGCAUGCGCGGGUUCGUGUGGCUGGACCGCCCAGUGCGGGGGUCCAACGUGCCGGAGGGGCUGCCGCCCAUCAAGGUCUCCUCGGACACCUCCCACUUCCCCUACACCCACCGCCGCGGCCACCGCUCCGCCAUCCGCAUCUCCCGCAUCGUCUCCGAGACCUUCCGCCUCGACCUCCCCGGCGUGCGAUGGUUCGUCAUGGGCGACGACGACACCGUCUUCCUCCCUGACAACCUCCUCGCCGUCCUCGGCAGGCUUGACCACCGCCAGCCCUACUACAUUGGGUCCCCGUCCGAGAGCCACCUGCAGAACAUCUACUUCUCGUACGGGAUGGCAUUCGGCGGCGGGGGCUUCGCCAUCAGCCAGCCGCUGGCGGCGAAGCUGGAGCGGAUGCAGGACGCGUGCAUCCGCCGGUACCCAUCGCUGUACGGCAGCGACGACCGCAUCCAGGCGUGCAUGGCGGAGCUGGGCGUGCCGCUCACGAGGCACCCAGGGUUCCACCAGUACGACGUGUACGGGGACCUCCUCGGCCUCCUCGCCGCGCACCCCGUGGCACCGCUCGUUUCGCUGCACCACCUCGACGUGGUGCGGCCGCUGUUCCCCAACGCGCGGUCGCGUCCAGCCGCGGUGCGGAGGCUGUUCGAGGGCCCGGUGAUGCUGGACUCGGUGGGGGUGAUGCAGCAGUCGAUAUGCUACGACGGGGCCAACCGGUGGACGGUGUCCGUGGCGUGGGGAUUCGUGGUGAUGGUGGCGAGGGGCGUGAUCUCACCGCGGGAGAUGGAGACGCCGGCGCGCACGUUCCUCAACUGGUACCGGCGCGCGGACUACAAGUCGCACGCGUUCAACACGAGGCCGCUGGCGCGCAACCCGUGCGAGCGGCCCGCGCUGUACUACCUGGCGUCGGCGCGGCGCGCGGUGGCGCGCGGUGGGGAGACCACCGUGACGAGUUACCAGCGGUGGCGGCGGCGUAACGACGUGCGCCCCGCGUGCCGGUGGAAGAUCACCGACCCGGACGCGCAGCUCGACACCGUGCUCGUGCUUAAGAAGCCCGACCCUGCACUGUGGGACCGGUCUCCGAGGCGGAAUUGCUGCAGAGUGUUGUCAUCUCCCAGGGAAGGAGAGGACGGGAACACAACGAUGACCAUAGACGUGGGUGUAUGUGAGGACUGGGAGGAGAUCAGCCAACUGUAAUCAUUACAUAGACAAAGUGCAUAGGUAAUUCAUCUUUUUCUUCUGUCUUGUAUUCCUGUAACAGUAGGAUGAAAGAAAAAGAAAGAAAGAACAUUU